AUGAAUCCCGUUUCAUUUCCUAGUCAAAUACCUAGAACAAUCAAAGAUACAAGUUACGAUCUCCACAAAUUAUUAGACGAGACAGAAAUAUCCAUGAUCAAAACUAUAUUUGAACAAGAAGAUGAUAAAAGAAUCAACAAGGAACAACUAAGAGAAGUUCUAUGGAGAAUAGCUAGUAUAGAAUAUGAUGAUGAUAAACAAUUCGAUAAAAUCUUCGAAAAAAUGAAUCACACCUGUAAUGGAUUUGUGACAUGGGACGAGUUCAUCUCAUAUUUAAUUUUAGGAUUUGAACAACAAGAAAUUAGUGUUGACUAUAAAACAUUGGAUCCUCCAAUUCCAGUUUCACCGACAAUAGUAAAAAGUAAUCAUCGUUAUAAUAUAAAUAGAAUAACGUUCUAUCCCACAGUUAAACCGGACAGAUCAAGUACCUGGAACGACGGAAGUAUAGUAACCUGCAGUCAUGACGGUACAAUCAACUAUUGGUCAUUGGAUAUGAAAAUCGAAAGAACCGCAAAAUCAACGUGCCCCUAUCUUAAAGUACAAAAAACGAGCGUAACCGAUAUGGCGGUACUACCAGACGUCAGCGUUAUCUGUACUUCAAGCAGCGAAAGGGAUUUACGAUUUUAUGAUACGUCAGCACGAAAAUUUCGACUCCGAGUCAUGAUAGUUUCGAUUCCAUUCGCGAUUACUGCGAUGUAUUAUAUUUUCGAUAAGAAUUUAUCGGUACCUUCGAAACUAAUUUGCGGGGAUACAUCGGGAAGCGUUAAAGUUAUAUUUAUCGAUUCCGAAGCACGAGGUCCGUUUAAAAGUCAAUCUGGUAUUUCCUUACAGGAAGCAAGAUAUCAUCAAGCUCUGAACGGUGUUAUACCUAAUAUGAGAAUAACAGAAAUAAAUAACAUACAUUCGGAUUUUAUAAGACAAGUUUCGUAUUAUUCUAGCUUGCAUAGUGUCGUGACUUGCGCACAAUGUUUUAAAGGAUUGCAGAUAACGGAUAUUACGGAUCAAAAUAAAUUCUACGUAUUUAAAAUUAUUGGUGGAGUUUGGAGUUUUACUGUAAGCGAAUCUAAUCAUUUAGUUGCUACUGGAGGACCCGAUCGUUUGGUAAGAGUAUGGAAUCCUUUUGUUCAAGGAAGACCAAUUUGCACAUUUUACGGUCACCGUACGGGAAUUGUACAAAUGCAAUUUCAAGAUUCAGGAUCACGAUUAUACAGCCUUUCAAAAGAUAAAUGCAUAAAAAUAUGGGACGUGGCAAGUCAAGAAAUUCUUCAAACUUAUUUAGAGCUACCGAGUACUUUGGGUAACGAUUUGACCUCUUUGUACAAUCCAGAAAGUAGACAGUGGAUUAUUGCUAGUGUUUUGAUCGCAACGGUGCCAUUAAGUCCGAAAGAAAGCUCUGAACAUACUGAUGGUAAUACUCAUACUAGUGGUGUAUCCGUCGUGUUGUUUAACAGAUUAUACCAGAUUAUCGUAACUUGCGGCUUAGAUAGUUAUAUAAUCGUAUGGAACCCUUGGGAUGGAAGACGUCUACUACUAAUCAAAGAUGCUCACACUGUUAUGUUACAUGGUGGAAUUAUGCCAGUUGAAAUAACUGCUGCUACUUUCGAUCCCGGCUAUCAACGUUUAUUAACUGGUGCACAUGAUGGUACAUUGAAAAUUUGGAAUUUCAAUACCGGUACAUGUUUGAGGAACAUGAAAAUUGAUCAAUGGUAUGAAAUACAAUCCGUAAUUUGGGUGAAAGGUAGGAUUAUGGCGAUAGGCUGGAACAGACGAAUUACUGAAUUCGCAGAUACAUAUACAUUUAGCAAAAAUUGGGAUCUUCAGCACUCCGAAGAUGUGAGUUGCGCCGUAGUUAGGAUACCAGAAGCUAUAGCUACUAGUUCAUACAAUGGAGAAUUGAUUUUGUGGAGACUAGUAACUGGACAACCAUACAAGAAAUUUAAUGUAUCAAAACCAAAUGUGAGGAUAAAAAUAGAUUAUCAAUUGGUGAAGGUAAAAGAUAAGUUUCAAGACGAUACCCCUUCUAGAAAAGUAACUUCAAUACCACAAAAGAUAAGAACUUCGAUUAUACCACGUCUGUCGAUGGAUUCGCCUUUAUCAGGUCCCGUUAAGCAUACCGUAAGAAAAUUGAGAGAUAGGAGAGUUUCUACAAUUAUAGUACCCGAUGAAAUGAUCCAUCUUAAGAAAUUAGCCGUUCACACAAUGUUAUUUUUGAAUGCUAGAAAAACCGACCCGAAAAUAGGGACAUUACUUGUCGCUUUGGAAAACGGGAAUAUCCAAGUUUGGAGUCACCACAUUACAGGAGGAUAUAUCACACAGUUUUCUGCUAUACAUAAAGCUGGUGACUAUGUUAUAUCUAUGACCACAGAUGAAGAAAAUCAUUUCUUAUUCACAGGAACAACUGUUGGUUAUAUAAAAAUCUGGCUGUUGAGAAAUUAUUGCGUCCUUGAAGAAGAAAAAGAACACAUCUGCAUGCCUAUGUACCGAUUGAGGUUUCCCUUCAUGUGGGGAGAUAGAUUUGUUGGCAGGGCCAGAAGGAUGCAACGUAAUCAACCAUUUCCCAUACUUUUAAGUAGCUUCAAAGGACAUUCUAUGCCUGUAUCUGGUAUACUGUACAUCGAUAAGUGUGAAUUAAUUGUAAGUUGUAGUGCUGAUUUUAGUAGUCGAAUGUGGACUCUCGGAGGAAGGUAUUUGCAAACUAUAGGAACUUUCAAGCCGUGGAAGCCUCUUUCAUCAGAAGAACCCGUUGAGACUGAUUUUGAAUUCGAUAUCCCUCCAGAUAUUAAAAAAGUAGCAAGCUCGACCACCCUCAGGGUUUUAUGUGGUGGUUCAUUCCCUAAAAGGUUAACUAUAAAACAACUAAAAAAAUUGCAAGAAAAAGAUCACGUCGAUAUCGAUGCAAACAAAAUUUAUGGAAAAGCUUUAGAGGAACCUAUUCUUGGACAUUAUUUCAAUAUUUCUGAAAGAACCGUAAAACCUAGAAAGAUCGAAUUCGAUACUUCAUUUUCUUACAUUCCAGUUUUUCAACAUUUGAUUACUCCACCACCAGUACCUAUCGAAAGAGAAAAAGUUGGUAUAGAUUUGCCACAAGAAGAAACGAAAUGA